UUAGGUUAUUUUUAUUUGUAUUUAUUUGUAUUAUUUUUUUUACCCUUUUAUUUAAGUCAUUUUUGUUUUUUUUGUAUGUCAAAUGAGGUGUGUUUUCUGCGGAAAAAAUGGCCUAUUUUCUGGGAAAACAUACAAAUGUAAUUAAAGUGUAAAGGUAAGUUAACUACCUUAAAAAUGAGUGUUAGCUCGGUGACUAAUGUGAUCGUCGUUCUCAUGAGGACAGACUGUUUUACUAAUGUUGAUGAUUUUGCCAUAUUGUACUGAGCAGCCAGGACGGAGACAUGUGUGCCGCUUUCCUGUGUCACAAUAAGUUCCGGUUCCACUUUUUCGGUCACCAUCACAUUUUUCCCCAUUGACUUCACAGAAAAGCCGAUGAUGAAGCAAAACAUGCUCGUGUAGCCCCACAUUUAGAUGUGUGAUGAAAAGAGCACCUUAUGAUACCAACUGACGUAAACUUGACGCACCUGUGUUGGAUGCCCGAUUCCGGAAGGCUGCCCAAAGCCUUCUAGAGUCAGCCCUUGUGAUGAUGAAGCACACCUUGCUCUCCUAAGAGUGAAAAGCGUGCAUGAAUAUUUAGCCACCUAACGAGGCUUAUGCAGAAAUAAACCAAUGCAAUUAAACGCUUACUUUGCUGCCUCUGUAUCCUCAGACUCCAAAAUGUCAGCCAAGUUAUUUAGCAUUAAAGUGGCUGAUUAAGGUUCUACAGCAUAUGGCUCUUUAAAUUAUACAUACAAGCAUCAGAGCCGUAUACUGUAGCAACCCCAACACAGGUAUUACAAUAUUGCAGGAUAUUUUUCUUCCAUGCUGUGUGUUUUUUAAUAUAUUUUUUGUGGGUGUUUUCUUCAGUGGUUGCACUUCAUUGCUCUGCUUUUCUUAUCAGAAUUUUAUAGCAAGCCGAGCCAUGAGUAGGAAGGAUUGAAUGAGGCGCGCAGAUACACCUGAUGAAUAUUCAUCAUCAUUCAUCAUUCAUAUGGAGCUCCGUGUCGUCGUCAUAGAGAUUAGAGUGGAUGACAGGAUUAUGGGGGAGACUCUGCGUCACUCGGGGGUGGACUUCUGCGCUUUCUUUUUUUUAUUGUUACCUUUGACUUCCUUAAAUGUGAGUAUGUGAGUGUUUCUCACCUUUUUUGUCAAUUUUCACUCAACAUCUUCCUUCAUUUGAUUCUCUUUAUUUAUUUUUGCCUUCUUCCCACAUUUGGAAAGCUCCCAUUGAGCAGCAUGGCACUGUCGUAAUUGCUUUCUUCAGCUCUAUUGGCCCAAUAAGAGAAAAUGGCCUUUUAUGCAAAUAGCCCAUAAAACACACACAGUCUUUCCCAGCAUGUAUCCCACAUCAGAUGAUUUUUUUUGGUACUAUUAUACCAAAGAGUACCAAAGAGUGUGUAUUAUUUGGAGUCAUUGAGUAGCCUGCAUACUGUAGACACCCAUGUACAGUAUGCUUUUGCAUUACAGCUCUCAGUAUGAUUUUGCAUCACUGCAAACUACCAGCACAAUAAUAAACUCCCUCACCAAAGUGGCACUUCAGGCAAUAUUUUAUAUGGCACCCCCCGCCUCCAUUGGCGAUUUACAUGCACUUGCAAAAGAAAUCGAAUGGCAUUGUUCUUACCGCUAACGUGUCACCCAAUUCACAUGGCUAAUAAAUCACAACUAAACACAAAACUAAAUAAACCCCCGGUAAAUAAGUGAAUAAAUAAUACAAGUAAUACAUUUUUAUCACAACAACCAACAUAAAAAAAAUGGAAUAACCACACAGUUUGCUCACGUAACUCUCUAUAUAUGCUAAUUUACACGAUGUAGUAGCUACAUACAAAAGCUAUAUAAAACACCUGCAGACCUACGAUGACGUGCAAAAAUGCUGAGUGCGGGGAGACUUUAUGAGACCAUUUGUAGUAAUCACAAUUAGAUAUGGCUUUACGUUUUAAUCAGUGUGAGUGUUUCCAUUUUAAGGGUUCAUAUAAUCACCGCUUUUAAUAUACAGUCAGCCCUCGUUAAUCGUGGUUAAUUGCUUCCAUACGCGACCGUGAUAUGUGAAUUUCCGCAAAGUAGGAUUCCUUACUCAUAAGUCAAAUAUUUUGGUAGUUGUAGCAUAGAAAAUCUGUCUCCGACCUUCUAAAUACGCUUUUUAACAUUGUUAGAGCCCUCUAGACAUGAAAUAACACCCCUAUAGUUGCCUUUACACUCAUAUUACCCAAUAUAGUAGACAUAAUAACAGGAAAUAAGACAUAAUAUAGACUCUCAAAACGUCUUUGAAUGCGUCUUCUGAAUGCUUUGUACAGUAAUCCCUUGUUUAUCAACGGUGAUGAGUCAAUUUUUGCAAAGUAAAAUUCCUUACACAUGAAAGGCUGGAAUUUUGACUAAUAAUAGGCCGCAUUCAACCAGGACGCUGCAAUGAUUUCUUCAUAUAUUUUUGAAAUAUUGCGAUGGAGUGAAGCCGCGAAAUUCGAAGCGAAGGUGAGGGAUUGCUGUAAUUUGAUAGAAAGUGUAUUUUUUCCUGAUUUUUUGGCACCCCCUGAAGGCCACGCCACCCUUAGCAUCUGCUGAUACAUUCAACUGAGCAACAUUAUCUUUAUAAAGGGAGAUAUUUGAUGAUAUUGCACAAGUGUAGCUGUCAGCGCUGUCAGAGCAGAUAUAAAUGAUUGCUGCAGUCUUUCCGCCAGUUCUUUGGUUUUGACUAAUUAAAUGACACUCAUGGAACCAUCUAUUCUAUCGCCGACAUGUGUCCUCCAUGGUCUUCCAGAAGAACAAAGAAAGGGACAAGAUAUAUACAUGCAAACACACACACACACUCUUUUGAUGGCUGAGUCAUGUCGUGUAUCAUAUGACGAUAAGAAGAACAUCAGUUUAAAAGCAGCAGCUGUUUCCCCUUCAUCCUCUCUCCCUGCUUCUCCUGCUGCAUCUCUCCAUCCUCCCACUGCUUUCACAAUGACGUGCUAAGCCAGCCAAGAUAGGGCAAAUCCCUCCUCGGAGCAGAGCAGGCGAGGAGAGAAAGAAACACAGAUAGAGAGUUGUGUGCAAAACCCUAACCUCGCUCUCUCCUUUCCAACUCAUCUUCUUCCUUCUCUGUUCGGAGCGGAGUGUGACCAAGCAGCUGGCAGGUCCCCGGUCACCUACUGUCCUCUGGUCUGCUGCUAGUAUCCUUGCUGCAUGUGCGCAUUGCUCAGUGGAUCACCGCACCGUCAUUCCAAAAGCUACGACACGGUGGUGUUUGACGGGCCGCACAUCACGCUGACAGACCUGAAGGAGCAGAUCAUGGGCAGAGAGAGGCUGCGAGCCGGGUGCGACCUGCAGAUAACCAACGCGCAAACUAAAGAAGAGUAUACGGACGAGGGAGGUGUCAUCCCCAAAGGCUCCUCUGUGAUCGUUAGGAGGGUCCCCGGGGUCAGGAGUGGUCCAGUCAAAAAGACUCACAACAUUGAGCGAUUAGAUGGCCACAGCCACCUUGCCUCCGGAGCCGUCAAAGCAAUGGAUGACCACAGUUCUACCAAAGCCCUGCCUUUGUUCUCCCAGAUGGUGAACCUGGCUGCUGCCGAUGUGUCGGAGGAUGAUAAGAUCAAAGUGGUGAUGAAUCAGUCCUCUUACGAUCCCAUGAAUUACAACAAAAAUUUUGGUGCACCGCUUCCUGCAAACUACACCUGUUACCGCUGUGGGAACACCGGACACCACAUCAGGAGCUGUCCUACCAGCGGGGAUAAAAAUUUUGAAGCUCCCCCGAAGAUGAAGAAGAGCACAGGCAUCCCUCGUUCCUUCAUGGUGGAGGUAGACGACCCCAACACGAAGGGAGCCAUGCUGACUAGUUGUGGACGCUAUGCAAUUCCUGCCAUAGAUGCCGAGGCGUACGCCCUUGGGAAGAAGGAGAAGCAUCCGUUUCUCCAGCAGGAGCCUGAGCCAGAAGACGAGAGAGAGCCCGUGCCAGAAGAACUCCAGUGUCUGAUCUGUCGGGACCUGCUUGUAGACUCGGUGGUCAUACCGUGCUGUGGGAACAGUUACUGUGACGACUGUAUUCGCACUGCCUUGCUGGAGUCAGAAGGACACGUCUGUCCCACCUGUAAGCAAUCUGAUGUGUCCCCUGACACAUUGAUCGCCAACAAAUUCCUCCGACAGGCUGUGAAUAAUUACAAGAAAGAGAAAGGCUACAGCAAAAGUGUAGGAAGGAAGUGUGGCGCCCCCCAAUCCCUGACCGCAGUGCCAACACCAAGUCCUGUGCCUACUCCUCCACCUGUGACCAGCCAACACCAGAAGAUCCACCAGAUGAACCCCAGACAGCAGGCUGAGGUUCCCCCGCAUGGCGCUCAUCCUGCAUUCAACCUCGCAAACCAACUCCCUUCCACUGAGACUGAAACCGAGACAGGAGAUUACUCAGCCCCUGACGUCCCUUCCCUGCUGCCAUCAAACAAACCCCCCACCAACGCCCCAUCGCAAGCAGUGACACUUGUUCACACUGCAGCAAAGCAACAAUCCUCCUUAGGUCAAACAUCAACCAGCUUGUACAGCUCCUCCUCAUCUGCUGUUUGUCCCCCUGGAGUGACAGCUGAAACCCAGCAGCUCCCUCCAUCCUCAUCCUCAAAUCCAUCUGUUCCGCCACCUUUUUUCUCCAGCCACCACUUCCACUCAUUCCACUCAGGUCCCCCACCCGGACACCCAGGGGCCCCGCCCAGUUGGACUCACCCAAACCCUCAGGGUGCCCCCAUCCCUCCCCUCCUCUCCUCCUCCUCCAUACCGUCGCUCAUCCAGAGGGAAUGGUUCAACCAUCAUCGACACAGGAAGGAAAGGUCAAAGACGCUCUGUGGAAAAAACAUUCACGUAUCUUCAUGUUCAUUUGUUCAGUCGUGUUUGCCUGCGUCCCUCAGGUCUCCACGCACACGAUCCACCCGCAGGCGCUCUUCGCGGUCCAAGUCCAAGUCGUCUCGCUCUUCAAGCAGAUCUAGCCGGUCCCGGUCCAGAUCCCACGGCAGAUCAAGGCCCAGGUCUCCCUACUCCCAUCACAGAGUCCCACACAGUCGCUCUCAUCCCCCACGCGCCUACAGCUACGGGUACAAGAGGUCCCGCUCGCCCACACCCUCAUCCUCAUCUUCACCCCGUCGGGGUCCCCAUUCUAAGUCCCACUCAGAUCACCGGAGAAACCGCCAUCACAGCAAAAGGUCUUCUCACAGCAGCCACAAAUCCAGUAGGCGAACAGACCACCCACCAUCAUCGGGGAGGGCCGAGGGAGACACUGGGCAGACUGAUUACUACCAGCAAUGGAAAAUCCAAUACAAAGAGUGGUAUGAGAAGUAUUUCAGCAGUUAUGUCAGCCACUACCACCAGCUGCCGCCUCCGCUUCUCUCCCUUCCUCCUCCCCCAAAUCCUUUGUGGGCAGACCGAGCAGAGAACCAACCCAUCCACAACUCGGACUCAUUCAGCCAAGCCCAAUAUAUGCACACCACUUUAACAGACCGCCACUCCCCUUCGUCUCAGUCGUCUAGCGAGAGUCGCUCCCAGUCAUCCAGCGAGGGUCAUUCCCCCCAGUCUGCAUCUUCCAGUGACUGCAGCUCCCCUCCCUCGGGCUCUCCCAGAGACGCCUGCUCUCUGCCAUCUGGAGACUCCACCCCGCAGCCUAGGAGCGCCCAGAAGGACGUAACGCGUCCAAAUUUAGAACAUGAGUUGAAGAGGAUGAGAAAGGGUGUGCCAGGCGACAAUACACAUUCACCUGAUGCGGCAGGCUCGAUAGACAAGAAGCGUCGUAUUGAAUCGAUCACAUCCGAUGACCAAAUUCCACUCAAAUCUAAUAAAAAAGAGAAAGAACAACAAAGAGAUCACCGGAAAAGUGGAAAAAAAAGUAAAAGAAGCAAAGAUUUAAACCCUCGAUGGGAUGAGGAGAGGCAUUGUGAUGUCAAGCCCGGGCGAGAUGCUCACAAAACUGGUGAAGGUAGCAAAGCUUCUAAAUCAGACAGAAAGAGAGAGAGGGCGGCUGAGGAGAAAAAACGUAAAGAGCAAAGUCAUACUGGAGCAUCUAAAAGCAGCACGAGGAACGUGCAAACCAACCUGGAAACUCCCACUCCUGGGGGAAAGAAAGCACUGCCUGGCAGAGUGACGGACAUCUGGGAGGGGCGGGUGAAGGUGAAACCACAGAAGAAAAUUAGCAUCAAUAUCAAUCUGGACAGGAGGAGACCGGAAGAAAAAGCUGAAAUUCCGGAAGUGUCUUGUCCGGAGACGAGUGCGGAAAAGUCACAGGAAGACACGGAGGUGACUGCAGAUGGUGACCAGUUGGAGGCAGAAAUUCCCAAAACGGAACAGCAGCAAGCAACCCAACCCCACCAGAAAGGCCAACCAGAGGCUGGAAACAAAAUGGAAAAUGUUAUCAGUCUCACAGGGGAGACGAUAACAGCAGAUGAGGAAUUGACUGUGGAAAAUUGCAGAGAAGAGGAGACGUUUACACUUGGUGAUCUUCGGACAGCAGGGGAGGUAGACGCAAGCACAGAAGCCAAGAGAGAGGAUGAGGGUGUGAAGGAGGAUGAAAUAAAGGAACACGAUGAGUUCAUUGCAACGACUGAAAAGGAGGACACAGAGGAGGUGAGACACGAGGAAACCUGUGAAAACUUGACAGCAGAGUGGGAGCCAAAAGAAGAACUGGUGGAGGGAGUGAAGAUGAGGAGUAUGAGCGACGAAGACACAGACACUUUGACGAGGAAGUCACACUCCAGCGAAGGAGCAGGCAUUAAAGAGGAGGCUGACAGCACUCCCACAGUGCACUGCCGUGGACGUGAGGGGUUUCCAGAAGGAAGUGUUGAGGUGACAACACCCCCACAUCAGCAGGACUACCAUGGAGACCUGGGCAGACUUGGACUCGUGCAGGUUCCCUUCUCCGAAUGUGAGAAAGAAGACGCUGAUGUUGAGAAAAAGGAUGUUCUUUCACCAUCAGUGACGGCAGACCAGAAGGAGGCAAUGGGAGACACUCAGAAAGAAAGCCCAAGGCCAGAAGAGGUGCAGAUGGAAGAGGAAAUAGGAGGCUGCAGCGAGAGGGUUGACUGUUGUUUGGCUCCCUCUAGCGGUACUGACGGGAGUGACAGCGGGGACACAAGAGAGCUGGAGAUGGCAGCUGACACGCUGAGAGAUCAUGAGAAAGACCAGAGAGAGAAUAAAGCAGUCAAGGAGGAAAAAAAGACAUCUUUAAGUCCUUGCUCCUUGUCAAAGAGCGACACAGAGCAGGAAGUCAGCCUAGAAGACAGCAAAGAAGCUCCCAGAGAUGUUGAACAGUCUCAUCAAAGUGGAUGCAAGAAACAGGUCAAUGUUGUAAUGGAUGUCAAAUGUAACAUGACAAAGGAGGACCAGGGCCACCACUUCCAUCAUCAUGAUCACGGAGACCCAGACAGUACCAGCAACAACAAAAAUGAAGCUGCUGCAACACUUCACUCCCUAUCUUCUCUCUUUCACACCUCGGAAAGCGUGCAAGGAACCCCAGAGCCCAGCUUGACCAGCACUAGCACCUCUGGUCUGCCUCUCAAGCCUUCUGAUGAGCCCAAGCACCAGCUUGUACCAGCCACGCCCCGUGGAGCACCUCAGUCCAAACGAGACCGAAGCAGACACUCGGACAGACCUGGACCCAGACCUGAGAGCAGAGAGGAGCAGUGGAAGAAGUACAAGCUGGAAAAAAUGUUGAAGGAACGCCAGCAGGAGAGAGCGAGCAAGGAGGCGAAGGAUGAUCGAGAAGCAGGUCGACAUCACGGCCCACGUGAGACCCAGCCGCUUGGAAAGGAGCCCGUGAGCGCGCAAGCAGCGGGAGAAAGGCCUGUCGGUCACGGCAGCAGCAGUCUGAGCUCAUCAAGUGUGAAGAACAGUGAAGAUGACAGGAAACCAAAGAAGCACAAGAAGGAGAAACGUCAAGAGCUAGAAGAACCAGAGAGGAAACACAAAAAGUCCAAGAAAAGACAGCAAGACCACUUCUAGAUAUUUCUUUUCCAUUUAUUUCUGCGUAAAGUGCCUGCUUUUUUGUGUCAUUCAAUGGUGAAAGUGAGCAAAAUGUGGAUGAGAAGCACUUUAUUCUUUCAAUGGAAACCCAAGUGAUUAUUUAAAAAGUACAAUGCACACCCAACCUGCGCUACACUGCCACCUGGUGGCUCUCUUGUUCUAAAGCCGGAAGGAAAAUGUUACAUUUGAUUAUUUGAUUUGGCUCACACGGUAGAGCAAUGCAAACCACGAGGAAAGGAAUAUGUGAUUAUUUAUUAAAUGAACCUCUUUUGCCUGUUUUUUUUCUUAUUUGUACAUUUAAUUUGGAAAAAGAAUAAUUACAUGCUGCUAAUUUACCAGAGGAAUUUUUCUUUUUCUUCCCGGUUUGAAGGAAAUAAAAGAGAAUACUUGUGUAUGAAUGGAUGUGUUUUUGUUUCCGUUUAGAAGUGAAUGAGAUGGAAGAUGGAGGACAAGAAAGGUGUUGGUGAUGUUUUGGUCACCUAAUUUAUGAAUGUGAAAACAGGUGCUGCAAACUCCCACAGUGAGACCAUCUUUGUCUGCUUGCACUUUUGUUUUUACGCCACCGUGUGACUAACCUUUUGUUGUGGGUCGUUUCAGGUCAGUAUCCUGCCCCUCUUUCUCCCUGCAGAAGACCAAGACAGCACGAGACGGCAGACAGACAAGCAGCAUGAUCUUCUGUCCUUGUGUGCGUCUCAGAACUCAGGUAUGCUUUUGUUGCCUUCCGUAGUCCUUUGUUGUUCUGCCAUUUGCUGUGCUGCUUUCUUACCACUCAUGUCUGCGUUUUCCGCCCCUUUUCUGUGCCCACAUGCCAGGGCACUCUGCCAGUGCAGCAUGAACAAGGUGUGUGAGUGUGUGUGUGUGUUUAUCUAUUUGGAUGGAAAUAACCUUGCGGAUAGAUGACUUUUUCUUCAUUUCUAAACCGAUACAAUGAAACUCUCAAACUGUUUUGGUGUAGUGGAGCUACAAGUAUCAUUCUAUCACGGUUUUCAAAGACAUACAGUAUGAAUCAAUCAAGCUGUCAUGUGGUUGAACACAGCCUAUUGUUAGUCAAAAAUAAGCACGUGACGUGUUUUUUUCCCCCAAAUAAAGCGUUAAUUACUAAAAUACAAAAGGCAUUCAAAAACGCUGUGAUGAUAUGUAGGAUUCUACCCUGGUCACUAGGUGUCAGUAAUGUUACUGUAAUGUUGGGUGAGAAACACAAGCACCGGACUUGAUCGCUGGAACAACAGGCUUUUAUUGCUGGUUUGAGUGAUCUCACCCAAGGCACAAUAACCCCUAACAUGGGCUACUGUUGCAGCUUAACCCACACCAAGCUAAAACUCAACUCUGAACCCCCGGCGUCACUUCCUGUCUGCUCCCCAACACAACAGCUGCCGUAGCACCAGAACACAAAUCUCAUUUAUGUCUUAAAUGUCAUAUUUUUUUCUAUUUUUAUUUCUACUAUAUUCGGUAAUAUGGUUGUCACGUCACGUUUCCAGCGGAGUUCUCCUGUCAUACAAAAGAUCUUUGACUAGCGUUUUGGAAGCAGGGGCCUAAAAACAACAGAGAGCUCCUCACUGUUUUUGCAGUCGGUACUUGAAAACAGUGGAGCGCUCCUGUUAUUUAGAGGAUCUUUGACUAGCAUUUCUGCAGCAGCUACUUGCAAAGCGUUAAGCUCUUCUACUGUAAGAUAUGUAAAUAUUUUUCGCUGUUAAUUGAAUUUAGAGAAGUUGACCGGAAAAUUAGACGACAAAACUUUUAGUGAACAUAUUUUUAACUGAUUCAAUCCCAGCCAUUUUUCAAAAUUCAACCCCUUCAGUAUUGGCCAUUUUAGAUGAUUUUGACUGAUCUUUCAAGGCACACAGAAUAAUAUUGUGUUCUGUGGCUGUAUAAACAUGGAACCUUCCAAAAGAAAGAUUAGACUCCCGUCUUUCAUUAGAAAAAAAAAGUUUGUUUCUACCUUUGUCCGUUCUUUAGUAAUCAGCGGUAGAACAGGUAAGUUUCAGGAAAAUAUCAGUUCCUAAACUAACUUUUGUGAAAAGAUACAUUUAAACAUAACUUUCACUUUGACACAAAUACUUUUUGUUAUUGUGACAGCUCAAAUAUCUAAACAACUGCACCACAACAGAAACACAAAAAAUGUUGUUUUACAUCAAAAUAGUAAUUUAUUUGCAAAUAUAACACCAUGAACUAUUUACCAUUUUCUUAUUUGGAACUAAACUGUGUGUGUGCACGCGCGUGCGCAUGCGUUAGAGUUUCUCUACAACGCGUAACCUUCUGCACGCUACACUCCUCCAUCCUCUUCCACGUCCUCCUUGCUGUUGAGUGCAUAAAUCCAUGCAAAAGAUCCAUGCCGAGCUCUCAGCAAAUGCACUUGUGCCACCUUGUGGCCGCUUUUAUGGCUUAAAACUGCAGUGACAGUGACUUCUUAUUCGUGCUUGUAUUUGCGUCAUCACCUGUUUUUGCCUCGCACACAAAAAAACGUAAAAGACGUAUAAAUAAGUCUUUGAGAGCGAACAUUUGGGUUUAAAAAAACAUCUUUGGUGUUGAAUGAAUUUUUUUCAGUCACGUUUUCAAGACUGGCGGAUUACACUUAAAAAAAACAAGACAACAAGAUACGCAGGCUCAUAACAAAAGGCGUGUUGUCUUUAUGCCAUUGCACCGCUGUGUAGAAAUAUGAUGCACUCGCUCUGGAAUCAGCUCUGAAGUUGCCAUGGUAACGCCCAUCACGCAGGCAGGCCCCAGCCGUGCACUCAAACACACACACACACACAGCGGUAAUGAGAGACGGCAGACAAUCACGUGCACACACGUGCACUUCCUUUGAAGCACGGGGGUGAGAAGCAGAGGAGAAAGUUAACCAUGAAUGGGAAAAAAGGAAUAAAAUACAAGUUCAUCUGUCAUCAAGCUUGAACGUGAAUGUCAUAAUUAGACCGACAUGAUGAUUUUUGUUUUUCCAUGUCAUGUUCUCGCUCUGCUAGCACUUUCUCUCUUCCUGUCACGUCAACCUGCUCUUUUGUCGUUCUCUUUCUUUCUGUCUCUCGCCCUGCAAGGGGUCUACUGGCCGUCCACAGCCGACAAAAGCCCAGCGGCGGUCCGCUUGGUGACAAUGACUGCGGGGUCAGCCGCACUUUGUAUCAGGGCCCGGCAGCAGCGGCACAGACGCUCUCGUCUUUCAAAAUAUUUAUACUGCAUGGACUCAUCACUCCUGCAGAUCUGUCUUUUUUUUUCUCUCUCUCCUACGUUCAUUAGAAACUGGAUUUUAAAUGUCAACCCCAGAUCAUUCCUUGAAUGCUUGUAUUCGACUUCUACUAUUGCAAUACUGAAGAUAACCAGUACCACGAAGGUGGAAGACCAUGAAGAAGGAACCAUUGCAGUGUUUAGUGUGACUAUUUAGCCUGUGACAGUGACGUAUUUAAUAAGCGGAGAGGAAUCCAGGCUGUGUGUCGUUCCACUUAAAUGAACAAAAAAACAAAGCAGUGUUGCAACUGACCUUUAAAUGUUGCCUUCAAGCGCCAAAAGAGGCAUUUCCCUCCUUCAUUCCAAUACUUUCACACUGCUACACACUGUGCGUGUGUGUGUGUGUUGUGCUUUGCCACAUCGUAAAAGGCUGGAAAUGCAAGGCAGUGUGCAGUUUGACCGGCGUUCUGCAUGACUUCCUGCGGUAAUAGCUGAGCAUAGCAAGGGCAGCAGCGCCUGCCUGAUAGGUCAUCUGCAUGUAGAUGAGUAGACCGACGUAUCCUGUGAUUAUCUGCAUAAUCGCAGCCCGGCCAUGGAUUAUUACCAUCCGUAGGAAAGGACAAAUCUCAUGAAGAGAGCCGAAUGGUAGCUCUUCUGAUAUCCAUCAUGUCGUAUAAGAUGCAGAUGGGCACAGACGCCCUCAUGACUUCAUUCACAUACAAUGAUGGCUUUUAUUCUGGUAAUAUUACCACGUUAUUGCCAUAAUAAUUCCAGCUUUAUUCUGAUCGUAUUUUCAUAACGUAUAAUACUUUUUAUUCUCGUAAAAUUAUGAAUUUCAGUGUUUACAUUUCUAUUUUUAUUACAUUUUUAAAAAUGUUUUUUAAAUUGUUAAAUGUUAUUCUCAUCAUCACAACUUAAUUCUCGUAGCAU